GAUGCUGAGCAAAGAGCUGAAAGCUGGUGUCGACAAGCUGGUGGAAGCCAACCCGUUCCUGUCAGCUCGAGUAGUGAAGAAAGAUGGCCGGAUGCUGGUGGAACCUGGAGCUCACUCCGAUUGCUUCUUCAAAGUAGUGGACCCACCAAAAGAGUGUCCCUUGAUUGGUUCCCUUGAUUUGAAAGGAAAGCUAGAAUUUCUGCGAAACCUUGAGCAGCAUUUCACGCCACCUGGGACAGCAUUGACCACGGUGAAGAACGGAACCCAAGUCUUUUUGGUGGAGCUGAUGACAUUUCCAGAGCCUUUUGUGUGCUUCGUCAUACACUUGUCGCAUCUGGUGGGCGAUGCCAAGACCCUCUAUGACCUGGUUGGUCAAUUGAAUGCUUUCUUAGCCAAACAAACACCGAACACUUUGGACUGGGAGAGUCCUGUUCGACAAAGCUUUGAAUUGCUGCCUUUGUCUUUGAAAGACCGUCAGAAGGUGUCCACCUGGGGAUUUUUCGGUUGGUUGGCUCAACUGAUCUGCGGUCCUUUGCGCCAGAAUCAUGUUCUUCUACUCUCCAAACAGCAGAUUGCCAAAGAAAAGGAAAGUCGAAAAGCUCCAAAAGUCGAGUUUCUUUCGUCCAACGAUAUCAUUACUGCAGCUCUUAGUCGUGCGAUCAAGAACUCUUACAUCAUGAAUAUCGCCGUGAACAUGCGUGAGAAGCAAUGCAGCGGAAAAGGGAUCCCAGGCAAUGUGGCCGGGAAUUAUUGGUACUCGUUCCCUAUGGAUCACCAAGCAGCUUCCGAUCCCAAUGCAAUCAGAGAAAGUCUUUCAAAACUGGAGUACUACAACGAGAAUGAGAUUCCGUGCUGGCCCUUUUUCCGUGGCCGCUACAGCUUCAUCACCAGCUGGACCAGCUUCACUCGUCAGUUGGAGGUGGAUGGUUUGAAGGUGGAAUGCCACGCUGUGCACGGAAACUUUUUGCGAGAGAAUCCGACCAAUGUGGCCGUGGUUUUCCAUGCUGCACCAGAGAUUUUGGCAUUGAGCCACAAUGUACCAGACAGAAAUCUUGAUGUGGAGGUUUUGGGAUCAUUGAUGUGAGUGGCGAGGGCACAGUGGCCAACAGAGACGCUGCCCUUUGGAUCCUUUGCGCCAACCAAUGUGUUCGAGUAGCAAAAUGCAAUGCGAA